CUGGUGAAUGGGAUGCUGAAUACAGCUUUAAAAGGUAACCAUUUUUUUUCUUUUUAAAGCACAAUCCAGGUUCAUUUUUGUUUUCUUCCUGCCUCACUUCUGGACUCUCCAUGACCUGGGCAAGACCCAUGCUGUUUCUGCGUAUCUCAACUCCCUUGUGUUCUGAGUGGAGGAUGUGCGUCCUACUUAACUCAUGAUGAGAUUGAAAACAUCCAAAUGAAGUAGGAGGCCUGCCAGCAUUUUGAGAGCAAGAUGAGUUCCAAACACAGCACCUGUGUAGUCAUCUCUAAUCAUAGCUAUAUUGUGAGAGAAUUGCCAGUUUAAAGAUAGAUCAAGAAAUGUAGUCAAGGAACAUGUAGUUUUGCAUUUUGGGGUUUGCUUUGAUUUGAUUUUCAUUAUGUUCAAUGUUCAUUAUUUUAUUUUUAUUUGUUCAUUGUGCUGUUAACCUCUAUGAUCAAUUUAGUAAUUUCUAUUACUGUUCAAUAUUGUUGGUGGGCAUUUGCUCUUUCUUUAUCUGGGUAUCUUUGGCAGAUAGCAAGAACUUCUUCUCUUUGUUGAGUGUCACUUCCUACAGUUCAUUCGCCUUCCACAAGUUUUCUGUGGCCAUUUAUAACAUUUCCAACCUGAAGACUGUGGAUCCAGACAACUUCCCCACACGGUACUGCUACUGCUUAAACAACCGAACCAACGAUUUGUCAGACUUCACCGCCCUCCUGGUGGACAUCGUUGGAAAUUCCAGCAGCCACCUCACAGAGAUGUUUAAGUCAGCUUCCAUCCUCUCAGUGAGUCAAACGAAUGAAUCCGACUGCAUCUUCAUCUGCGUGAUGACAGGAAAGUCAGGACGGAAUCUUUCUGACUUCUGGGAGCUGGUGGAAAAGUCCCCUGUUAUCAAUUACACAUUUACCAGCAACAUAUCUGGUGUUCUGGCUACCACGGCGUCGGCCCUGACUUCACAGCUCACACUCACAAGCCAGCAAACACUACCGAGGACGAGCCCCCCACGUGGAGCCCAGAGGGCUGGAGUGUCUGCUCUGAGGACCUCUUCUGGGACAGACACAAUGCAUCCUUCAGAGGCAGAGCAGACCUUGAAGACAAACGUGCUUCCUGAGCGUCACAGCAGAGCCACAACCAAGGCCACGGCCAGAGCCACAGCCACCCAGGACAUGGCCUCUCCCACCCUCCCAGCCUCCGCUACUAGGAAGGUGGCCAGAACUCCACGGGUGACGGGCCACGGACAGGCACAGGCUUCCACUCUACCUGCUCCCUGGGCUCAGGUCACCAGCGAGAAAGCUCCUGCAGGGCCUCCCUGGGAGACCCUUGCCUCCUUGCCUACGUCUCCUAAGCCCGAGGAGACUAUGAACACAAGGAGCCUUUCCCAGCCUCCUGCCGGGACAGCAGCCGCAGUUGGCAGCCCGAUGCAGACCAGCCCGACCUCAGGUCCAUCCACCCCUGGCACACAGACUCCAAAUCCUACCAAGGCUCCAGCCCCCAAAUAUCCACAGGCAGGUGACCUCCCUGCCGUGUGGACCUUUAUACCUGGUGAAGAGUCAGCCUUGAUCCCAGGAACCCACCAGUUUUCAAGGUGUCCUGAGCCACUCUCUAAGGAGGGGGCUAUGACCGCUGCUCCCCUCGCGCUGACAGUGCAGAAGCUCAACCCUUGUCUGAUGGAGCUGUGCCGCUUCUUUCAGCAAUGCCUCUGCACGAGCCAGAAGAGAGAGCCCAGGAUGGAGGCCGGGAGGUAUUGUCUUGACUACUAUUCCUGGUUUCUGAAGAAUGCAACAUACAUCUGUCAGAGGGUGAAAAGGGUGUUCCAUUCACACACCUUAAAACAAAAAUGCCUUGAGAACAUCUGCAAGUCUGUUUGAGGUUUUGAAAAAACAACAGGGUCUCACAAUACCCUGGGUGACCUCUGUUCACCCUGGGCCCUGGCCCAGGCUGGCAGCAUUUGCAGAAUUCACCCAGGCUCCAGCUCCAGAUCAUCAAUUAAUUGAACACGGGUCUUUUUGGAAGCAGCAUCUCUCUCCUGUGUAAGGUAUUGAACGUAGAAGAGCACGUGUUAGAGCUCUCAUAGUCAGGGAAGUGAUGCCAGCCUCCUUGCCUGCCCUAGUAGCAGCGCUCAAGGAGCUCGUGGAAGUCAUGGAAGCCUAGUAGCUGUGCUCAAGGAGCUCCCAUGAUGACUGAGACUGAAGAGAUGGUGUGCAGAGUGUGAGGCUAGCGUGAGCUAACCAGCCCAGGCACUGAGGCUCUCAGUACCCAAAGGGACUUAAACCUGGGACUUCAGGAAGACAACACAAGCAUAGAUGAAGAAGAAUGAACCCAUCCUCUGGAGAGAGUCACAUAUGAUUUCUCUGUGCAGUUUAUCCAAACAGCUAAUCUACAACUAAUCGGACUUGCUGUACUAUGAAUCCAGUUAAUCCUCCAAGCCCCCUAAGUAGGAGGUGAUGAGAACCUUCCCUCAGGAGGAGAUGAAAGAGUUGUUUUGUGGAUGUCUUGUCUUGAUUUAUCUUCUGUGCAUCCCCAAGGCUACUCUCAGACUGGAUGAUGCACUAAUGGGACUCAUAGAAGUCAGAAAAGCUGGUAUAGUCACCUUUCUCAUUGAUGACAGCAAAAAGAGAUUAAGGUCAGCUAAGGGAAAAGGCACAGAGGGCAAAGCCCAGACACAAGCUUCCAGCUGUCCUCUCCAGGUGGAGUCACAUAAACCGCACAGAACUCUUUCAGCAAUGAUAUAUGGGAUCAUUCAUGGAAUCUUGUCAACCAGAAAACUCAUCCCAGCCAUGGAGUCCAGGGUUUUUACUGGGGUAACUGUCAUGUGGGAACAUGAAGAGCCCAUGUUACUCAGGCUCCAGCUCCUCCAUGCAUCAGGCUAACACUGUCUGACCCAAGGCCCCUGCUAUAAAUCACCCUGUUAGCUUAGACUACCUGGCAUGAUCUAAAGUCCCAGGUAUAAAAAACAUACUCUUUUUAAAAUCUUUUUAGUUUUGUAUUUGGGAUAUAGCCAAUUGACAACGUUGAGAUAGUUUCAGGUGGACAGCAAAGGGACUCAGCCAUGCAUACACAUGUAUCCACUCUCCCCCAAACUUCCCUUCCAUCCACGCUGCCACAUAACAUAGAGCAGAGUUCCCUGUGCUACACAAUGGGUCCUUGUUGGUCAUCCAUUUUAUAUAUAGCAGUGUGUACAUGUUGAUUCCAAA